UCCGCUGUAAUGGGCACCAUGGCCGUGGACGUGGCGGAGUACCACCUGAGCGUCAUCAAGAGCCCGCCUGGCUGGGAGGUGGGUGUCUACGCGGCAGGGACCCUGGUGCUGCUGGGCAUUGCCGCCGUGAGCCUGUGGAAGCUCUGGACAUCCGGGAGCUUCCCCAGUCCCUCCCCGUUCCCUAACUACGACUACCGCUACCUGCAGCAGAAGUACGGGGAGACCUACGCAGAGGCCAGGCAGAAGACAGUGCCUGCCUGGAGCGCCCAGCGGGCCAGCGCUCAGGGCCUGUCCAGCCGCAAAGGCAGCCUCAGCUUCGAGGACACCGUUGAGAGCCUCAGCGAGCUGGGGCCGCUGGAGCUGAUGGGCCGGGAGCUGGACCUGGCCCCAUACGGGCCGCUCCGGAAGUCGCAGUCGGCUGACUCCUUGAACUCCAUCUCCUCUGUGAGCAACACCUUCGGGCAGGACUUCACGCUGGGCCAGGUGGAGGUGAGCAUGGACUACGACAGCGCCUCCCACACGCUGCACGUGGCUGUGCUGGAGGGCAAGGACCUGCUGGAACGGGAGGAAGGUGGCUUCGGGUCCUGCUUCGUGCGCGUCAGCCUGCUGCCUGAGGAGCAGAUCAUGGGCAUCUCUCGGAUCCAGCGGAACGCCUGCUCCAUCUUCUUCGACGAGAAGUUCUCCGUGCCCCUGGACCCCGCGGCGCUGGACGAGAAGAGCCUGCGGUUCUCCGUGCUCGGCGUCGACGAGGACGAGCGGAACGUGAGCACCGGCGCGGUGGAGCUCAGGCUGUCGGAGCUCGACCUCCCGCGGCAGCCCUUCGGCGGCUGGCUCUACCUGCAGGACCAGAACAAGGCUGCUGACGCAGUGGGGGAGAUCCUGCUGUCCCUCAGCUACCUCCCCACCGCCGAGCGCCUCACCGUGGUGGUGGUGAAGGCCAAGAACCUCAUCUGGACCAAUGACAAAACCACAGCAGACCCCUUUGUCAAGGUGUACCUGCUGCAGGAUGGGAGGAAAAUGAGCAAAAAGAAGACAGCAGUGAAGAGGGACGACCCCAACCCAGUGUUCAACGAAGCCAUGAUCUUCUCCGUGCCGGCCAUCGCGCUCCAGGACCUGUCUCUCCGUGUGACGGUGGCAGAGAGCAGCAGCAAUGGCCGCGGGGACAACGUGGGCCACGUCAUCAUCGGUUCGUCGGCCAGCGGCAUGGGCACCACGCACUGGAACCAGAUGCUAGCCACACUGCGCAGGCCGGUGUCCAUGUGGCAUACCCUCCGGCGAGACUAGCAGCCCGGC